AUGAUUGUUUGUGCUUGGAAUAUAAGGGGUCUUAAUGAUCCUAAUAAAACAAGAACUUUGAAGCAGUUCUUAAGUAAGAAUAAUGUAGAUGUGAUAGCAGUUAUGGAGACUAGAGUAAAGGAUAAGAAUAAAGACAAAGUUCAGCAAAAAAUAGGGAAGGCUUGGACUUGGCAUUGUAACUCUGCUUGUAACCCUAGAGGCAGAAUUUGGGUGGGCUGGAACAUGGUGAAUGGGUCAGUAUUGGUUCACACUACUCAUGAGAAGUUCAUCCAUGGUGAGAUCAUGGGUAGUAAGGGAGUGUUUGUGUGUUUUUUUACAGCUGUUUAUGGCUUACAUACAGUAGAAACAAGAAGAGGUUUGUGGGCUUCCUUAACAGGGAUUGCUGCAAGUGUUAGUAAUGCCCCCUGGUUGAUUAUAGGUGACUUUAAUGCUGUUUUGAAUACCCAGGAUAGGAUUGGUGGUGCUGCUGUUAGUAGAUAUGAAACUCAUGAUUUUGAAGAAUUCAUAGCUAAUACAAGUGGGUUAGGUGAUGCUAGGGUGGCCAGUAGGAUUGACAGAGCACUAGGGAAUGGAUGUUGGAUGCUUCAAUUUGGUCACAUUGCAGUGGAUUAUGGUAAUACUUCAAUUUUAGAUCACUCUCCUCUGUUGACUGUUGUCACUCUUGAUUGGAAUAGACCUAUACAGGGCAAUCCACUUAGUUGCAUCUGGUUCAAGUUAAAAAGGCUUAAAAGUAAGCUGAAGCAAUUGCACAAAGAGGAAUUUGCUGGGAUUGAUAUGAGAAUUCAGCAAGCUCAGGUAUCUCUUGAUAGUGUUCAGGCACAAUUGGUGGAUGAUCCAUCAGAUAUCUUGUUGCAAGUUGAAGAGAAAAGGUGCACAAAGGACCUCAUCAAGUGGCUCUCUGUUGAGGAGUCAGCUCUUAAGCAAAAAUCUAGAAUUAACUGGUUGUCUAAUGGUGAUUCUAACUCUAGAUUCUUCUUUGCUUCUGUGAAACAAAGAAGAAAUACCAACAGAAUUUCAUUGCUGUAUAAUGAUCAAGGGCUUAAGUUGACUGAUCCUGAUGUUAUCACUAGAGAAAUACAGAAUUUCUAUAACAAGUUGUUAGGGGACUGCUGCCAGUAG